AUGGCAUCCAAGGGACCGGAGUGUUCAAUCUGUUUUGAACGUUACAAUGACGAAAACAAAUGUCCUCGGUUGCUGAGUUGUGGACACAGCUUCUGCUCUUGUUGCUUGGAAAGGUUACUCCGUGGUAACACCAUUGAUUGUCCCAAAUGCAGAAAUCCAGUUGCCGUUCCUUCUGGGGUCCAUGGCCUGUUAAAGAAUUUUGCAUUACCGGACAUCGUGAACGAAACGGCACCAAAACAACAUGCUGGAAAUACAGGUCAUACAGGCACGCACGAAUGUGAGGCUUGUGGUGAGAAACACCCUGCCAAUUUCUGUUGCCUUGACUGCAAAGAAAAUAUGUGCAAAACUGCGGCUCAGUUUCAUAAACGCAGCAAAACAAGUCGUGACCACCGGGUUGUUUCCCUCGAGGAGCUGAAAGCAAACCCUCAGCUGGCUUCUGUAUCUGUUCUCUGUCCAGAACAUAACGAUCAAUUUCGCUUUUUUGACCAAGAUUGUGGUCGUGUUAUUUGUAGAGACUGUUACGCCCUUAAUCAUAGUGGGCACAAGUGUGUAAUUGUAGCUGAAGCUGCUUCAAAAUACCGACAGGAAAUGGAGGCGCUUGUCACCAAAGCCAGCUCUCAAGUCGAAAAAAUUAAAGCUGCUGAAGUUCAGGUGAUGGAAGAAGUUCUUUUAAUGGAUGGAGCGUGCGUAAAACAGCGUGAAAAAAUUCAAGGCUUUUUUAGAGAGGUAUGGCAUAUCUUUGUUAUUGGGGGCGAAUGAAAUUGAUGCAGCAAGAAGUAUUCCUUAAUUACCACUUACGAGUUACGAUCCGAAUUUUCUGUUGCUCAUUAACGGUUUCUGCUAACAAUUAGAUAAAGAAACAAAAUGAACUCAACCUGGAAUGCAGAAACCAGUGAUUUGUUGAUACCUAUCCUGAACUAAGGCCAAUGAUUUAGAUAUUUAAGGGUAGGCCUCUGAUAGGCCGCUCCCGGAUCAUGAUUGUUGAACGUAUUCACUGAACUCACCUCGUAGCUAGCCUACCACACAGACGUAAGCCCUAAGAACGUCCGCGUUAAAGGCUUCUUCGUAGCCUGCGUGGUGACUUCUCCUAUUUCCUUUGCAUACAGACUACGCACCUCGGGACGCAGCUAUCAACCGUUUUUUAUCUUGAUUCUUUGUGUGGAAUAGAUCCGCGGAUAUUACAGUGUGCGUUUUCUUUUGUAUAUUUAUAGCUUCAUUCCGCACUAUCUAACCGAGAGCAAGUUUUGAUCGAUAAGUUGUCCAGUAUACAUCAACAAAAGAAAUCCAUCCUCACGGAGCAGCUCGGCCGUUUGCGAGUAAACCAAACAUUUUUAGAGAGUGUAGUUCAAAGAGCAAAGUCCUCCAUCCAAUCUCUGAGUGAUGUUCAGUUCCUUCUCAGCAGGCCGGAUUUAGUCUCCACGCUCAAGACCGAAAGAAGCUACUCAAUGGUGCUUGACCCAGAGGCACAGUUUUUGCCGGAGUUCACCAAGAGCGAAGAGGAAAGAAUGGUGAGAAUUCAAAUUUUUAUCUUAGUUAUCCAUGAAUUAGCCUGGGACCCAGACUAACGGUUUUCUUCGAGCGGCAUUCUUUUCUCCGGGAUGAAUAGUCUGCGGCAGAUAUUUUUUACAUAGCAGUUGUCAUCAACCCUGGUCCCGGACGUUUUUCUUGAAAUUUUCUCAGCGUAAAAGAGAACGAGCUGUGCAAAGCGGCGAUCUGGGACCAGGGUAGUUGUCGUUUGUCGAGUAGUAUAUAUUUAUUUCCCUGUGAAAUUUUCCACCAUUAUUUUCCACCUCUACCAACAGAGCCUGAGCUGAGCUAACAGCUUCCUUCUUCUUCCUCUAUCCCCUACCCGUUUCGACGCCCGUAUCAUGACUAUGUGAGAAACUGGGAAUCUGUAUCACGUGUUUUCGUUUUAGGAAAAUCGCACCCCCCCGCCACCCCACGAGCUUUUCUCUUGCUCGAAGAUUCUGAGUUUUUAAUGAUGUUGUUGUCUCUGAUUGUUAUUCUGAGAAGGUGCAUUGCUAGUCUGAAGGUUUUGAAUUAUGAUCUUGAAGAUCACCUGAAGAAAGCCUACGAUUGCGUUCGUUUUAUUCAGACUAUACCAAUGGUGUGCGCCGGCUUUGCGCAGAGUCGUUGCCCAUGAUCGAUUACAGUACAGACACACCAAAAUUCAUUUCUCAGUUGUCAAAUAUAUUUCUCUACGAACUCAUCCAUAAGUUGCUUAAAAUAUGGUUGUCGUAAAGACAAUUUUAUUCUAUAAAACUGCUAAGAAAUAAAGGGAAUAUCGAGUGAAAGAUGACUAAGCGUGCCCAAGUAAAUCGUUUUUUAGUAAAUGAGCGUUUCAAAAUUGAAUUUGUAAAGAAUGUAGAAUGCAACGAUCUCUUUCAGCCUGUCAAGUACCGUUGCAACAAGAGUAUAGAGGCGGUUAUCAAGAGCGCAGGAGACAUCAGUGACAUAUCAACCUGUGCAGCAAACACUACUGCAACUGGCCCGGGAAUAACAACCGCAAGCCGUGGAAGGAAGGCGACAUUCACUAUUACUUCUCACGACAGCCGAAACUUUCAACGCAAGCGCGGUGGCGACGUUUUUGUGGUGAAACUGAAACCAGAGGUGAGAGGAGAUGAUAUAAAGGUAGAGUUAAAGGACCGAAAGGAUGGAACUUAUUUGGCAGAAUAUACUGUCGAAAGGUUGUAUGAUAAAUUGACAUUGUCCGUGUGCUUGCGAGGUGCACACAUUAAAGGCAGUCCUUUUGCUGUAAAUGUUAAUCCUCUUAUUCGUUCGAAUUCUCCUGAGAUUCAAGAUGCAGUGCGUUCCAGUCGUUCUUGGCCUUUUGCCGCAGUGCUAAAUGCCUGGGAAAAGGAUAACUAUGGUUAGUUUUGACGAAUUGCGAGGGAACACGAGAAGAGAAUAGAAAAGGCAUUGCUCGCUUAAUUCUCCUUUCUGUAAUUUUAAUAUACCGUAAAAUUCCGAAAAUAAGCCCCGGGGCUUAUAUUUUUCAAAGGCGCUUUUUGAGGGGCUUAUUUUUGGAGGGGCCUAUAUUCGGAGGGGCUUAUGUACGGAGGGAAAUUUGCGUUUCAAAUUCGAUUGGGCUAGCUUGUAGUGGGAAGGAAAUUUACCAUUUUUGCUUUGUUUUACUUUGUAUUCGAGGGCAAAUUCCAAGUACAAGCCCCCCGGGGGCUUGUAUUCGGAGGGGCGACUUAACGGAGGGUUUUUUGCUUUACGAUUUUGGGGGGCUGAUAUUUGGAGGGGUUUGUACAUGGAGGGGCUUAUUUUCGGAAUUUUACGGUAUAUGACGAGUGGGUAUCUGCAACGAGGCAGGUUAGACCUUUUUAGCAGGAGGCGCAACUCGCACAAA